AUGGCUUCUCUUGACGAAGAGCCUCGAUGUAUGUUUGUGGACAACUGCCAGACUGGCUCGCAGCUACGCAAAGCUAUUUCGCAUCUCUUUGGACGCAACAAGGCCUGCACCCUGCGUAUCCCCAAGCAAGUCUGGGUGUACUACUGUCGCAAACAUUAUCAACGAAUUCGAUAUCGCAACGCCAAGACGUACCCGCUCAACCAGAUGUACCUCGUGAAGAUGCAGAUCAACCGACUCCAGAGAUGGAGCGACGAGAACCAACGCCGUGGAGUCGGACCCUACAUCAAGAUGUGGACGUUUGCAUUGCGCAAGAGAGAGCAAAGUCGUCUUGACAAAGAGUCAGGAGCUAGAGACGGAGGCGGCGAUGACGACGGUCCGGAGACAACAACCGGCUCAGCCGCCCCUGACUGGAUCAUUGAGCGUCUGGGAACCGAAUACACGACGGAGGAGAUGCUCACAGUUGCCGAUCAGCUGUACACGGAGAUUGAGAACGGUACCCUUGGCCAGGUCCCUGAAGUCGAGUUUCUCCCCGACAUUAUAGAGCCGGAGGCUGGCAACAUCGCAAAGUUGGUCAAAAGCCGCAAACAAGGAAGCAUGAUCGCCACUCCAGUUGAAGCCAAGGUCUACAAGCGCCGGAUCUCCGACACUGCAGAUGUCGUGGGCCAAGGGAGCUCCUUGCUCCCCAGCCAAUAUGACGUUGCUGAAUCUGCGACCCCUUCGAGGAAGCGAGUUCGCGUCAGCUCUCUUGAAGCUGACUACUACCGCCCUUCGCUUCAAGUGACCCUUCCAUCAAUUUCCCACUACGCAACCAGCCGCGUGUCUCUGCCCACGCUUGAUCAGCAGUCGGUCAUGCCACGAGCCUUGCCUGCAGUGCCCAGGAUGCAGAUGCCCUCCCCUGGCCGCUCUCAGGGACCUGUUGCACACAUGUAUGGACCCUCUUCCAGCGACUUUCGGCGCCCCUAUGCUCUCAAUGGCCCCUACAGCCACGAACAGCAGCAGCAUUCCACCCACUAUCGCGUGGGCGCCGAGCCCCCUUUUCAGAGAAACAGAGAUCCCUACAACCAGCAGAGACUGCCGUCCAUCAGCGCUCAUUUGGCGGGAACCAGCAACUUUCAAGACUCAAACUUGGCUAUUCCUUGGGCCUUGAUCAGUGAUGGCACAAUUGUUCCACGAGCUCCGCGCUUGCGAUCCUACAGCGAUAACGUCCCAACGAAUCAGCCCGCCUUGGAAUAUCCUCGGCCCAUCAGCUCGAGUGGUGCUCCCCAGUUCGGCUUGACGUGCUUCGACAACAGAGGUGCAACCUCUUCCACCAACGAGCCGGAAUACCGUGACUAUUCUCAAGGACACUGGUCCGAAUCUACUCAUGCUUCAGGAUGGUUCCAGAGACCGGGCAGUCGGCAACAUCAUCACUAUUACGACCAAGUGACUCGCCCUCAGCUGGACAGUCUACGAGCUGCCAACAAUCUCGGCCCGGCUAAGCUAACCCCUGUUGAGAGAUUCGAGCACGAAACUCAUCGUUACGGAGACACAUGGGUUCCCGCUGAUCAUGCCGCUUCAAAGGUAGCUAGAGACGGACGUGAGGCUUAG